AUGGCAUAUGACACUCCUCUCUCCCCACAAGGACAACAGAUCACCUCCCUCCCCGUACGGCAGCAGCUGCGACAAGGUCUAAAAGACAUGGGAUCCAAGUCCUUCUCCUCGGCUAAGAACUUCGGCAAGAUCGGGCUGCUGUAUAGCGGCGUGGAGUGCGCAAUAGAAGGAUUCAGGGCCAAGUCGGACCUGACCAACUCAGUCGCAGCAGGUUGCAUAACGGGUGGCAUUCUAGGCUAUCCCGCUGGGCCGCAGGCGGCGGCAUUCGGCUGUGCUGGCUUUGCGGCUUUUUCGGCGGCCAUUGAUGCGUACAUGAACAUGCCGGAGAGCGACUGA